AUGUCCAUUGUCACCGAGUUUCUGGACGCCCAUCCUCUCGAUGACACAGUCCUCAAAAUCCAGCGCAAUGAGGAAUUACUCCUGACCAACCCGGACAUGAAGAACUUCAAGAAGCGCGAGCAUGAGGCCCUCGGAGUAAUUCACUUUCCGACCGAAUUCAUUCCGCAGCCAUUUUCGCGUCCUAGGAGUGUCUACGAGAGCGAUCAUCUCCGCGUUGAGUGGCAACAGAUGAACGGGCGUCAACCAUUCUAUCACCGCAACGCAGAUGCCGAUGAGCUAUCAUUCCAAGUCUCUGGGCCUCGGACGCUGAUGACGGAGUACGGCACCGUAGAGCUUCGCCCUGGAGAUUUCUCGCGCAUACCCGUGGGAGUAGCACACGACAAUUUUGGCAGGGGAGAGAUCCACAUUCUUUUUUACGUUCCUGCUCCCGUACACGAAUGUGCACAGGCGAAAUUCACUGGAGAACUGCGCAUCCCGCCAUUUGAAGGGUGGGAGGCCAAAGCGAUCCCAGAAGUCAUGACUGCUUGUAUAGGCGGACCUGAGUGUGAUAUUGCGGUGGGUCUGGUGGACGAGAAGCUACUUCUGCAACAUGCAGACACCAUUGAUAAGACGAAACGAAUCCAAGUCCUUCAGCCAGAGCGUGCAGAAGGAAAGACGGAGUGGCUGUAUAAAUCGAAACACGUGUGGAUUGGGUAUACGAAACAGAGUGGUGGGGACUCGGCUGACACUGUAUACAAGCGACAUCGACAGGCUGAAGAGAUCCAGUACCAGGUCAGCGGCAAGCGAACGGUUGUUAGCCAGCGUGGCAUUGUGAGUCUCGAACCUGGAGAUUUUAUCAACAUCCCAUUCGGUGUAGGCUUUACAGAAGUGGCUCAAGAAGCUAGUGAGCAUAUCUCGAUAUUGACUCAUAAUGUCACCCCUCCCAAGGCUCCGUUCGCGAAGCAGGCCGGACCAACCUCAUGGGUUGCUGUACAAACCUUACGAAAAUGA